AACCCUGUAUGGGCUGAUGUCAGUAGGGGCCAUGGGGGACGACUUCUCAGUGACAUUUGUCCAGUGUCUUCUGUUUAGUGCUCUCAUAGUGGCAGUGGAUCCAGUGGCUGUAAUGGUGGAACCACUGACCAUACUACUGCUGGCAUACCUGUCCUAUCUGUCUGCAGAACUGUUCCAUUUCUCAGGAAUUAUUGGUAUUUGCUGCUGCGGCCUGAUGCAGGCCCACUACGCCUUCAAUAACAUCUCCCACAAGUCUCUCACCACCGUCACCUACUUCAGCAAAAUGUUAAGUACUGCCAGUGAUUGUAUGAUCUUCAUGUUCUUGGGUUUAACACUGGUCAGACCAGACCAUGACUGGCAUACUGGGUUCACUCUCUGGACUCUGUUCCUUUGUUUAGUGAUCAGGUUUAUGAGUGUGUUUGGUCUGACAUUGAUUGCUAAUAAGCUGUACAGGCUCAGGAAGAUUGAGCUGGAGGAACAGUUCAUCAUGGCAUAUGGCGGACUUAGAGGAGCCGUGUGCUUUUCUUUGGUGGCCAUGUUGAAUGAGAACGACGUGCCCCGCUUCAGAGCUUUCCUGACUACUACACUGGUUGUUAUCAUAUUUACAGUAUUUAUACAGGGUGGUACCAUCAAGCCACUGGUGAAAUUGUUGCAGAUCAAAAAAAAGAAAAAUAAGGUUGUGAGCAUGAGUGAAGAGAUUAAUUACCAUGUGACAGACCAUGUUCUAGCUGGUAUUGAGGAGAUCAUGGGAACUCAUGGUGAUCACUGGUUGAGGGAAAGUGUCAAUAGAUUGGACUUGCAGUACUUAAAGAAGUGGCUUCAGAACAAUCCCCAGAGGCAUGAUGAACAAAUCAUGGAAUUAUUCCAGGAAAUAGCUCUCAGGCAGCACUACGAGAACGUUGCAGGAACAGAGGCAGCCAAGAGAUGGGCAAGCAGCAUUGAUAUUGCCCCAGAGUUUGAAGGGGAUGAACCACCAAAGUCUCCGUCUCCAGAAGCUUUGAAAGAUCUUUUGCAUGAAUACAUGCAGGUUACAACGGCCAUAUUGCACAGAACAACAGACUUGGAAAAAAGUGAUAGAGAGAAGCUUGCUCAAAGGAUUAGAAGUGGGUCUGGGGGAUCCCUAGAUUUCAAUCACGAACUUCACGUGCCAACUGUACCUCGUCCCUCCCUCCCCUUCUUGGCAGUUAGAAG